UUUUAUUUUGAUACUUUGAAGAGUGCAGUUUCCGGCGCUUCCCGUUGGAGUUAUUAUUGUUAUUGUGUGCUGCUGCUGCUUGCUGUUUCUUUCUACAGUUCCUGGAAUUUGAAUGCUCGUUGGUGUUUUUGUGUUCAGAGUGUUAGUACAUUACCAUAAUACCUGUUGGAAGUGAAUAAGGAGAGUGAAGACAUGAGUGAAUCAGAGGAGAAACAUCAAGUCCAAACUGGAGAAAAAUCUUCUUCCUCACAAACUGAAAGUAAUUUAUUGCUGACAAGAAGUGCACAAAUAUAUUUCAUCUGCCCCCAGUGUGGAAGAUGUUUCCUACACAAACAAGGUCUUAGACUUCAUAUAAGAGUUCACACCGGAGAGAAACCAUACACAUGUGCUCAGUGUGACAAGAGUUUCAAACGAAAAGGAAACCUUAAUGAUCACGUGAAAAUCCACAGCGGAGAGAAGCCGCACACGUGUGAUCAUUGUGGGAAGAGUUUCUCACUAAAACAAAACCUUAAGGUACACCUCAGAAUCCACACUGGAGAGAAACCACACGUUUGUGUUCAAUGCGGGAAGAGCUUUUCAGGGAAAUAUUUACUCAAUGAUCACAUUAAAAUCCACACUGGCGAGAAUCCAUAUGCAUGUGAUCAGUGCGGGAAGAGUUUCACGUAUAAAACAAACUUUAACCACCACAUGACAAUCCACACUGGAGAGAAACCACACACUUGUGCUCAGUGUGGGAAGAGUUACGCACGAAAAGGAGCCCUUAAUGAUCACAUGAAGAUCCACACCGGAGUGAAUCCGUACACGUGUGAUCAGUGUGGGAAGAGUUUCAGAAAAUCAGGUGCUUUUAAAAAACACACGCUUACUCAUUCUAGAAAAAGACUGUAUAACUGUGACCAAUGCGGUAAAAGUUUUUUUAGGGCGGAUUUCCUGAAGAACCACUUGAAGGUUCAUACAACGGAGAAGCCUUAUGUAUGUUCCUUGUGUGGAAAGAGUUUCAGACAGACAAGUGCAUUAAAGAUACACCAGAAAAGACACAGCGCUGUGAAGGAUCAUGCUUGCUCUGAAUGUGGGAAGGCUUUUUCUACAAUUGGUGACCUGAAAGUGCAUCAGUCAGUUCACACUCGAGAAACACCUUAUAAGUGUUCACACUGUGACAAGAGCUUCAAACGCUCAGAAUAUCUGAAAAAACACGAGAGGAUCCACACUGGAGAACAGCCGUAUCACUGCGUUCGAUGUGGGAAGAGUUUCACUCAUUUGUCGUCUCUAAGCGGUCAUAAAAAAAAAUGCAUGCCUGAAAUUACAAAAACCUUUAGUUUGAGUUCUGGUCCUGUACUCUUAGGAGCGAUGGUGUGUUGGACUGCAUCAAACAAUUGUUGA